AUGUCGUACGCAGCAUUAUCUUGGUUGACCAAAUUGAACACCAUGGACACACCUGACGAGGUUUUACGUCGUUCGUCUAUCAUUGGAACCAUCGGUCCAAAGACCAACAGUGCCGAAGUUAUGGUUAAGUUGAGAAAAGCUGGUUUGAACAUUGUUCGUAUGAACUUUUCUCAUGGCAGUCAUGAAUACCAUCAAUCCGUAAUCGACAAUGCAAGAAAAUCAGAAGAACUUUAUAAAGGUAGACCAUUGGCUAUUGCUUUAGAUACUAAAGGUCCAGAAAUUAGAACUGGUACCACUGUGGGAGAGAAGGACUAUGCAAUCCCUCUUGGUCAUGAAAUGAUUUUUACCACUGAUGACGCUUACAGUCUCAAGUGCGAUGACAAAAUAAUGUACAUUGAUUACAAGAACAUUACUGGUGUCAUUUCUCCUGGUAAACAUAUUUAUGUUGAUGACGGUGUUAUAUCUUUCGAGGUAUUGGAGGUUGUCGACAAUAAGACGUUGAAAGUUAGAUCUAUCAAUUCAGGUAAAAUUUCGUCUCAUAAGGGUGUCAAUUUACCAGGUACAGAUGUUGAUUUACCAGCUUUAUCGGAAAAGGAUAAGAGCGAUCUCGAAUUUGGUGUCAAAAAUAAGGUUCAUAUGAUCUUCGCUUCUUUUAUUAGGACUGGACAUGAUAUUAAACAAAUUAGAGAAGUUUUAGGUGAAGAAGGUAAGCAGAUCCAAAUCAUUGCUAAAAUUGAGAACCAACAAGGUGUCAAUAAUUUCGAUGACAUCUUAAAUGAAACUGAUGGAGUUAUGGUAGCAAGAGGUGACUUAGGUAUUGAGAUUCCAGCUCCUCAUGUUUUUGUUGUACAAAAACAAUUGAUUGCCAAAUGUAACUUGGCAGCAAAGCCUGUUAUUUGUGCGACACAGAUGUUAGAAUCGAUGACUUAUAACCCGAGACCUACAAGAGCCGAAGUCUCAGACGUCGGUAAUGCUAUUUUGGAUGGUGCUGAUUGUGUCAUGUUGUCGGGUGAAACCGCCAAGGGUAACUAUCCUUUUGAAGCUGUUUCAAUGAUGCACAAUACUGCUCUCAUUGCUGAAAAGGCUAUUGCUUAUUUGCCUUUGCAUAAUGAAAUUAGAUCGUUAGUCAAAAAGCCAACACCAACAACAGAGACUUGUGCUGUGGCUGCUGUAUCUGCUGCUUAUGAGCAAGAUGCUAAGGCAAUCGUAGUCUUGUCUACUUCCGGUUUGACUUCCAGAUUAGUCUCUAAAUACAAGCCAAAUGUUCCUAUCAUGAUGGUUACCAGAAACGACACUGCUGCAAGAUAUUCUCAUUUGUACAGAGGUGUCUAUCCAUUUAUAUAUCCUCAUGAUAAAGUUGAGAACUGGCAAGAAGAUGUUGAAAACAGAUUGAGGUGGGCUGUCUCCGAAGCUAUUGACUUGGGAAUAAUUAAAAAGGGUGACCCUAUUGUUACGAUCCAAGGUUGGACAAGAGGUUCUGGUCACUCGAACACCGUUAGAGUUGUCCAAGCAUAG